AUGAAUGUGAGCAGAGACAAGGUCGGUGACAUCUCCAUCCCGGCAGCGGCAGCCGCGGCGGUGACAGCCCCCGCAGCCGCGGCUGGCAUCGGCGGGGAGCCCUGCGGCUUGCACGGGGAAGGCAUGGACAGCCAUGGGGAGCAGCGGCUGUCGGCCGGCGGCGAGCUGCCCCUUUUCUCCUGCCCUGGAAAUCGGGACAGGCAAGGGGACAACCAGAGCAACACCCCCGGACAAGAGGGGGCAGUGGCCGCGCUGCCCAUGGUGCACAGAACCACCUCCUUCUCCGUCCUCGACAUCCUGGACCCUAACAAAUUCAACAGCAAACGGCGGCAGUGCGCGGUCUUGUACAAAUCCGUGGGCUCCGAGUUCCCGCUGGGGGCGGAGGAUAAGCCCGAGGACUCAGGGACGGAGCUGGCCCAGCAAAAGGCGCUCGCCGAAGAUUUCGACACGUGCAAGAAGUCCGCGGACCUGAUCAAGGACGGCGAGCUCUACAAGGCCGAAGAGUGCGACCUCGACUACAGCAGCCGGCCGAGCCGCAGCCCCGACAGCGAGCCGCCGGACGACGAGGAGCUGUGCAGCGAGGAGAGCACCAGCACGGGCAGCACCGGCAGCAGCUCGGCGGUCCCCGGCGAGCCCGAGCCGGGCCACCUCCACGCCGAGGCGGCCGAGCAGGGCCAGCAGGCCAAGCCCAAGAGGAAGCGGACGGGCUCGGACUCCAAGUCGGGGAAGCCCCGGCGGGCGCGGACAGCUUUCACCUACGAGCAGCUGGUGGCGCUGGAGAACAAGUUCAAGUCCACCCGGUACCUGUCGGUGUGCGAGCGCCUCAACCUGGCCCUCUCGCUCAGCCUCACCGAGACGCAGGUGAAGAUCUGGUUCCAGAACCGCCGCACCAAGUGGAAGAAGCAGAACCCGGGCGCCGACACCAGCGCGCCCACCGGCGGCGGGGGCGGGGGCGGCGGGGCGGGGGGCGGGCUGGGCGGCGGGGCUCUGCCGGGGGGGCUCAGCCCCCUCAGCCACUCGCCGCCCAUGGGCAACCCGCUCUCCAUGCACGGCCCCGGCAGCUACGCCGGGCACCCCGCCGGCGGGCUGGUCUGCGCAGCCCAGCUGCCCUUCCUGCCCAGCCCCGCCGUCCUCUCGCCCUUCGUCCUGGGCUCGCAGACUUACGGCGCUCCGGCUUUCUACACCCCGCACCUAUAA